AUGUCGAAUAAUGCAAGUGAAGUAAUAUCACCGGUGCGCGUAAAUCAACAACAACCACCGCCGCCGCGAAUACCACCGCCUACAGCGGAUGGAGAUACAAUGGAACGACUUUUUCAAGCAUUGUUCUAUCGUAUUGCUGUUCUCUAUGCUCGAAAUGUUCCUAAACAUAUUCGUCGAUUAGGAGAAACGGCUAUACUUGUUAUGGCAAUUGUUUGUAUGGCUCUACUCGUCUAUCUUCAUGUUGUAUUCAAUCAAAAACCAGUAACAUGUCUUUCUCAUUUACAUGAUCAUUGGCCACGACAAGGUAUACUUCGUGUUGAAUUAUUUUUUGAAUCUCCACCAGAAGAUUAUAAUCUUCAACAAUCUUAUGCUAAAGAAUUUCAAUAUAGUCACUUCUAUAAUUAUGACGACAAUUAUAGAAAUUAUCCGAUAUUAAAACAAAACGAAACAAUUGUCGUCAAAGCUGAAUUUCCGAUUGGACAACAAGAAAAUGAACGAUUAGAAAAAUCUUAUCCAAAUAUGAGUAUUAAUUUUUCUUUAUUGUCACCAACGGAUUAUAUAAGUAAAUCAAUAAUGAAAAAAGAAGUUAUAAAUAGUGCUGAAAUUAUUGAUGAUAAUUCUCUAUCGGAAAUAGAAGAUGAUCUUGAUAAUGAAUCUUUAUUUGAUUAUUUAUUUAACUUUGAUUGGCUUAAACAAUUAUUAAUUGAAGAACAUUAUAUUCUUGAAUAUUCAAUUGAAUAUGGAUUUUUACGUUUAUCACCUGAAACAAGACAAAGACUUAAUAUUGAAGUUUUACUUGUUACAUUAGAUAUGACCAACAAUACCUGCUUUGGUAAUGAUUUAAGUCGAUUUAUGCUUGAUCAAUUUCUUGGCUAUCAAGAAAUACUCAUGUCCAGUAUAAAACAAUUAGCAGAAAAAGAAACACAUAAAGGUUAUGUUCGUAAUGUAAUGACAAAUGAUCAUUUUCGUUUUGUUAGUACAUGGCAAAAUCGUCGAUGGUGGACAUAUUUAGUUGCUUUAUGUAUUAUGAUUGUAUUUACGGUUAGCAUUUCGAUGCUACUUCGUUAUUCGCACUUUCAAAUAUUUCUCUUCAUUAUUGAUCUUUUACGUAUGAUUGAACAUAAUGCUUCUAUUGUAUUUCCAGCUGCACCAUUGUUAACAGUUAUAUUAGCAUUAAUCGGUAUGGAAGCAAUUAUGUCGGAAUUUUUCAGUGAUGCAUCAACUGCUUUUUAUAUUAUUCUGAUUGUAUGGAUAUCAGAUCAAUAUGAUAGUAUAUGUUGCCAUACAUCAAUAAGUAAACGUCACUGGGUUCGAUUUUUUUAUCUGUAUCAUUUUGCAUUUUAUGCAUAUCAUGCUCGAUAUAAUGGUCAAUAUUCAGGUUUAGCAUUAACAACAAGUUGCUGCUUUAUUGCUCAUUCGAUGUUUUAUUUUUUCCAUCAUUUUGAAUUACCUGUUAUCGAAGCUCAACUUGUUCAUGUGUUUGUUGAUGAACAUAUAAUAACACAAACACCUCUACUAACAACCGAAAGAACUAGAGAAGAAAACUCACCAACAACAACAUCUUAA